AUGGUUUCCAGUCCAAAGAUGAUGCCAUGGCUAAUGGCAAUACUAUGCCUGGCCAUAGCCCGAUGUUCAAAUGUCACAGACCAACAUACGUCAGAAAGUCAACACGAUCAAGUUGCAAUUUUGAAACAAAUUCGCAAACUUAACGAAGAUGGUUCCUACACUUAUGGAUACGAAGCUGGAGAUGGGUCUUUUAAAGAACAUAUAUCCAUGGUUCAGAGUCGUAUCAACCGUACUGCUACGACAAAGAAGCCUACUAUACUCUAUACCUCUUCUACCGAAUCAACUUCGCCGAAAACAUCCGUCGUCCAGCCAAUCCCAAGAACACGAAAGCCUCCGAUGAUAUCGACUACUCCAACAAGUUCAGAACCAUCUACUGAAAACUCCCCAAGGCUAGGUUUCAUUCGUCCAAAGGGAAGACAUCGAUUUAUUAUUAAUGGACAACAGCGACCAGUAAUACUCGAGGAAGAUGAUACUGCAGAGGAAGAUUCCCAAAACACGAGAACCAGUAUGAGAGAUAAGGAAACAACUCUUCGUAAGGUUGUAUUUACGAAGCGACCACUAGAUCAGAAUUUACCUCCAAUCACUGAAGAAUUUGAAGACAAGGCCGAAGAAAUCAAAAUUACUUCAGGAAAUGCACUAAGAAGACAGCUAAAAGAAGAAAUCACCAAGGCUACUCCGGUUGUUGAACAUGAAGACGAUCAUGCUGAUAUCUACGGAGGAGCUUUGUCUACGUCCCGACCACUAUUUACUACGACUACACCACCAAGAGUGAUCCAGAGGGUAAACGAUAUUCGGCAAGAACGUCAGAAACAUAUUUACAUCAACUCAGACAAUGGACCUGCAAAGUUCGAACCAAGUUCGCGGGUGUACCAACAGCAAGAAACAAAAACAGACGCCCAAGAGGACCGCAACCCAGCUCAGCAGGUGCUUAUUCGCACAACUACCAGAGCUCCAGCAGACCAGAGAGAAUACAUUCGGCAACCCGUAGAACCGAUCUACGUUCGUCAGCAGGCAGAUGCAUACCUCCGAGAUCUCUCACCAGGAAGUAUCCUUGUUCCGAAUCCAGAGAACAAUUUGGAAGAAGACCCGAGAAUAAGAUCGGUUCCUUUGAGCAGACUUUUAUUGAGACAAGAAUUCGGUAGGCUUCUUCCUCCUCAGCAACCUCUUUAUUCAGGAGGAGGUGAUCCUAACGUCCAUUAUCUCACGGACUCUCCACCUGGAGCUCAAGAGCAAGAGGAAGCUGCACCUCGGGCUCCCAUCAAUCCAGCUUAUUUAGCACGUCAACGAGCAGCUUAUCAGCGACAGUUAGCAUAUUCACCGGAAGGCAUUCCAGAUCCACGAAGGCCCAUUCUGCGUCCUAUACCGCUUCCACCAGUUCCACAAGAUGAGCGAGAAUACCAGAAUGUAGGUGCAGACUACCCCUACAGAGGUCCACUAGCAUUACCACCUGAGCCACCAAACCCAAUUGCUCCCCCACUCAGCCGUCGCGAUUUCCAGCUUUUACUAAGACGACUGUUAGUUAGCCAGUAUGGCAUUCAGGCACUCAACUAUCCAAGAACUUAUCUGGAGGACGCACUGUACGAUCAACAGCCAUAUCCAACGUACCAACCCUCUUAUCAAAUGGCAAUUCCACGCGAACUACCUUAUCCAGCUGAGCCUGUAGCUCCUAUUGCUCCAAUGACGCAAGUGCCACCUGCUGGUGCUGCAGCACAACCACAACCAUAUCCUGAACGGAUACCGCUGAGGAGAUCGAUGUACUCACGAGCUAUUAACCCACUGUAUCAGCCCGAAGAGUAUGCUGAUACCCGAUAUACAAAACGAGUCUAUAGACAGAAGUUUUAUACCAACGAGGUACCAGAUGACGGCGAAGAGAUUCUACCUCCACACAUUAGAGAAGCACUACUUCUGAGGAUGCUUCAACUGGCCAUCAAUGCCGAGAGGCCUAUUGCGAUGCCAAAUUCAAUGAUUAUGACAACGGCUGCACCAUCAGCUACCAGAUAUCGAAAAUCUGGACCAGUGAGGAGUGUGCAAAUUUUGGGUGAAGACGUCGAGGAAGAGAAGGAGAUGAGGAAAAAAAUGUGAAAUAUUGAUCUUUAUACUUAAUAAUGUUAAGUAUUUCCUCUUAGAAUUAUUGUAUAUCUAUACGCGUUAUUGCUAUUAUUAUUAUUUAUUAAGACAUCGAAUUAUCAAAGUAUUUCUUACGUCUUAAGGACCCACAAAUUUUAACGUUCUUUGAAUCACAACAUGUUUCAAGGAUUUAUCACACGAAUUGAUGAUAAUUUAUUUUUUUUAUUUAAACUUUAUUCUUUCAUAUUUUUUUACCAUUCGAACGUAAUUUUUAUUUUUUAUGAACUUUGAUUGUACUGUAUACAGUAUCAAUUUGCUCGUAUCUUAUUUACAUGCUACUUUGGCAUACUUAAUCUUUUCCAGUACUAUGAAUAGUACUAUUACCAUUACUGUUCACAUAGAGUACGCGAU